GGAAAUUUAAAUCGACCGUAAUAGGAGAACCUUGUAGAACGUGAUCAUAGUACGUUUUUUAUACAAACGGAAAUCUACCCUCACCCAGGCCGUCACACACGCUUACAGACAGUUGCCACUUACCAGAUAACACCUUCAACGUACAUAAGCUCACGAACAAGCCUGGUCAAAAAAUACCACCAUGGAUUUAAAUGCAAGACUUCAUGUGCGAUGCAAAGCGCUAUCCUUGCUUGUUUGCACGAAUAUGUCGCAUCCUGGCAACAACAGCAGCACUAAUUGGUCAACUGAUGCCCAGUGGAAUGGCUUCAUUACUGCCAGUGUUUCCUAUAAUCCGCCAUGGAACUUUGAAAGUCCUCCUGGAUCUGGAUGCUUUUGUGGACUAUCCGUUGCCUUACUGGCUGUGGUCGGUCACAAGCUUGGAAUUAGAUUUGCCUUAUUUCCACUAACGCCUCCCUUGACAAAAUUUACGACACAAGACAAUAUCUCAUACGAUGGCGCGCCAGCUGAGCUGCUGGCUGGAAAGGUCAACAUGAGCAUUUGCCCUUUAGCAAUCACAUGGGCACGAGCUCGGGAUUUCCAGCUAAUUACGGGAUUUCUGACAAGGGAUUACAAUAUCGCUGUCCAUGAGAGAUGGCUCCUCGAUUCUGCAGUUACCGACAGAUCGCUUAUCACAACGCUAUUCCGCACUGCUUUGAUCGAUACUUGGCCGGGGCUAAUUUUGUCCGCUACGGGAGUUUUUGUUGCAUUUUUCUCCUUGCGUAUGUCAAGAGAAGUGGGCAAUAGCGAUGCCACAAGAAGCCGAUUCAUGGGUUUAAGGAAGUUGGUUGCUCACCUCAAGACAGCGAACGCGAUCACGAGUAUUUUGUCCAUUACGGAAAUUUUGACCUUUACUUUUUUCAGUCAAGUCGAUGUUAAGCGCCCGCGAUUUGCCGGGGCGCAGUUGGCAGUCCUGCAGUGGUUCCUCUAUUCCUACUUUGUGAUUUGCUUGAUGAAUGCCCAUGUUAGUUCGAGUUUGAUGGGCUUGACAUUAACUCCACCGUUUCAUACGCUUAAUGGGUUUGCAAAGUCUGAUUUUGAUCCGCUUGUGAUGGGCACCACAGCUUCUGUGGAUUUCAUGAAUACCAGCACUUUGAGACCGCUAAUUCCACGAACACGCCAGUACGAUGCAAAAACUUCUCAAGACGUUUUUAUUGCGUACGCUGCAAACUUGUCAGCGCAUGAGCGAAUUGCAAUAAUCAGCAACAGUGUUCUGGAAACACCGCAGUUUCAAAAAGCAGGAUUCGUUUCAGCAGUGGAAUCUUUUUCUCGUAGUUUUGUGGCCCUUUAUCAGUUUCCGCGUGGCGCGGAGGUUGGUGUCAAGGUCACCAGUGUAGUGACACACAUGGCAGAAAACGGUAAUCUUCAUCACAUUGUUAAUACGCAUUUGAGACUGCUAUAUUCUGCGCACGGAAUGUCGUUCCUAACAAAAUCCCAACCCAGUCGGAAAGGGAACGCUUCAAUACGGAUGGAAGCGCUAUUAUCGACCGUGUAUACGGUCGGAGUUUUGCUCUUUAUCGCAGCAUUGCUGUUGAUAAUUGAGAUAAAGCUGUCGAAAAGAUUGCUUAGGUGUAAUGCAGUCAGUUGUCUUAUGGUACCUCCUGCGUGAUCGUUAUCAAAUCUCACCCUGGUUAGUUCUCCUA